AUGGGACUGAAAGCCAACGAGGAGAGAGUAAAACAUAGGCUUUUGAUGUUUACGAGACAUGUGUUCGAUAAUUCAAUUGGCGGUGUGUUGAUAAUAUCCUGCAAAAGGUGCUGCACGUCUCUUCUUUCUUGCCGGAUGACUCACAUCCCUAGGUAG